GAUGUAUUUGGUUAAAAAUUUGAACUAAAUACAUCAAUUUUGUUUGAGCAAUUUUCCCCUUAUAUUUUGAGACGAAGGGAGUAUUUCAUAUUUCACAUUUACAGCAAACUAUAAUUUUAAAUUCACAUUAUCUCAUAUAUCUAUAUAAAUUGAACCCUUGCAUAAAGAACAAUGCAUCCAAAGAAAAAGAAAAAUAUAGCAGAGUAUACUAUAUAUUGAAUUCAUAUUUCCCAGAUUUCUCAUAUUUCUUUUUCUAUGGCUUAUGAGAAAGUUACCCUAAACCUUAAAAUGAAAGAUGUUGAGCUUGUAAAACCAUCAAAGUUCACUCCUCCUUGUAUUCUUUCUCUUUCUACACUUGAUAAUAGAGGCAUCUAUAAUAACCAUUGUCAAACUGUUCAUGUAUAUCGAUCAUCAGCAACUCGUGAUUCUGAUUCGAGUUUCGACCUUUGUCAUGUAUUCAAAGAAGCACUCUCAAAGGCUUUGUUCUAUUAUUAUCCUCUUGCAGGUAAACUAGUGAAACAUGCCGAUGAUGGAAUACUUAGAGUCAAUUGCAACCCUAAUGCUGAAAACUAUGGUGUUCCAUUCUUGGAAGCAAUUGCUAAUUGCACCCUUUCUUCUAUUAAUUACUUGGACAAUACUAACACAGAAAUUGCAAAGCAUUUGUUGCUUAUUCCUCAAGAUUUAAGUUAUCCUUUGGUAUUCAAGGUGACAAAAUUUCUUUGUGGGGGUUUCACAAUCGGAAUGGGGGUGUUGCACGCCGUUUGCGAUGGAUUUGGUGCAUCUCAAUUCUUCAACACAAUUGUUGAACUUGCAAGGGGAAGAAUUGAGCCCUCGGUGAUACCGGUAUGGGAAAGAGAGAGACUAGUUGGAUCAAUAACUAAACAACCAUUUCCAUUAUUCCCCAUGCGCAAAGAAUCUAUUGCAUUUUCGCCGUUUUUGAAUCAAACCAAUAGUACAAAUAUUAAGCAAUAUUGUUUUAAAGUCGAGGGUGAAAUGAUAACAAAGCUUAAGUUGAGUUUGAUGAAGGAAAGUGAAAAUGAAAAUAUAAGGUUCACAACUUUUGAAUCACUUGCAGCUUAUAUUUGGAGAUCAAGAGCAAGAGCCUUAAAACUUAACAACAAUGGCGAUACAAUGUUGACUGUGUUAGUUGGUAUGCGACGCAACUUGAAGGAUUUCGAUCCAAUACCAAAAGGGUUUUAUGGUAAUUCGGUUAUGGAAGCAAACAUUGUGUUAAAAGUGAGUGAUCUCAAUGAAAUGUCACUCUAUGAAAUUGUUAAGCUGAUCAAAGAAGCUAAAAAUGUUGCUUCAACGGCUGAUUAUGUCAAAAAUACAAUCGACUCUUUGGAGACGAAUUUUAAGGAUCCUGUUAACAUGGAAAAAAGUACUGGUGCGGUAACGGUUUUGACAGAGUGGAAGCAUUUGGGUUUUAUGGGUGAAAAUGUAGAUUUUGGAGGGAACGAAAUAGUAAAUUUAGUACCAGCACCAUGCAAAAUGUUUGCAUCUAUUGAAAUAAGUGUUUUGUCAUCUUCUAAUAAAUUUGAUGAUGUUGUUCCAUCAAUGAAAGGAGGAGUUAAUCUUUUUACAUCACUACCUGUUGCUGCUAUGCCUAAGUUCAAGGAAGAAAUUGAAGCUUUAAGAACUCUUAGUGUUGAAAUUUGAUUUGUAUUAUCCAUUUGAAAUUGCCUUAUUGUUUUAAUUACUAUAUUAAUAUUACAUAAUAAAUCUUUCAAGAACAAUAAUUUUAGGGAGGUUAUUUCCUAAUUUAAGUUAUAUUUGGCUCUAUUUAUAGAGCAGUGAAAUGUUUGUAAUGGUGUGUUUUGAUGAAAUAAACAUCGUUCUUUGUCUUGUAUGUAA